AUGGAUUCCGGUGCAGUAUCCGAUCCGACAAGAAACACCAGCAACUUGGCCAUACGUGCCAAUCCUGAUUCGGAUAAGGAAGCUGACUGGGAUGCUUCUCGUCCCCAAGCAGCCCGGAGACGACGGAAUCGAGUGAUUCACUCAUGCAUGGAAUGUCGCCGCCGAAAGAAGAAAUGCGACAGAGCGGAUCGUUGCCGAAACUGCAUUGAAUCUGGCCAGCAAUGCAUCUAUGUUCCGCCUGCAGAUUCUGAAACUCGGUUAACUUACAUGUUGACUCGAAUGAAGGAGGAAAAGGAUGCAAUCGAAGCUACGCUCCUAAAGGAUACGUACGAGGACCACGCUCGUUCCGGGAAAUCCGGACAAAGUCGAAAGCGCUCUAGAGCACCUAGAGAUGAAGGAACAGAUGAAGCGGAAGAGUCUAACAGCGAUGAUGAUGGAUAUCUAGAACCCACGCCGUUGGCAGUCGAGCACGCAGCCUAUGCAACCAGUGCGGAUGAUGAUGUAGACGGACUGGGCAUAAUGAUUGGGAGAAUGCGACUGACUGAGCGUAUCGGCGGCUUAUAUCGCCCAUGGAUCGCUGACGAGAUCAUGUCCUCACUACAACACAACCCCAGCCGAUCCUCUCCUUCAGUACAGUCAGCCACAGUUUCAGUCCCUCCUGAUGAUGUCGAGGAAACUGAACAAUUCUCCUCCGCACCAUCUCUCAAUCUGAUACUCGGCCAUGGUCACCAUCAUGAAGAUUUAGUGCAGUAUAUUCCCACCCGCAACAUUACAGACAGGCUUCUAGAGCAGUACUGGGCUGCAGUUCAUCCUAUAGUGCGAACACUUCACCGACCUUCAUUCGCACAGCGAUAUGAGACUCUCUGGGAGGCGAUUGAAAACGGAGACCAGGUGGCACCGUCCUUGGUUGCUUUGGUCUGCGCUGUGCUCAUGUCUGCUCUAACUAGCAUGGGCAACCAGCACGUAUUGGAGGCUUGCUCCGUUUCCAAGAUCAACCUUCAUAGUCGUUUGAAAUUGGGUACGGAGCUUGCCCUAAGUCAAGCAGAGCUAUUGAAGUCGUCGAAGACGGAGACAAUACAAGCUUUUGUGACAUAUAUGCUUUCUAUUUGUGUCGGUGAGACAUCUCGUGCUCAUUCAGUCUUGACCGGCAUGGUCGUCAGACUAGCAGAAUGUAUGGGCCUUCAUCGCGAUCCAUCUGAAUACGGCUUCUCACCAGCAGAGUGCCAGACUCGACGACUCAUCUGGUACCAAAUAUGCUACCUAGACAUCAAAACAAGCAGCAUCCAAGGACCUCGACCAUUCAUCCACGCUGACGGAUACACCACACGUCUUCCCUUGGAACUGACCUCGCCGAUACCCAUGCAAAACACGCCUCGUCCCUGCCACGACUUAAUAUUUCCCAUGAUUCGGUUCGAAUGUCAAGAAAUGCAGCGCAAGUGCUUAAAAAUGCGACAAAGAGUGGACCAGAAGAGGCUAAGUAUCACCAAAGCAAUUUCUAAGGUCGAGGCAUUCCGUAUCGCGAUGGAAGCCAAGUACACGCCUUUCCUCGACUCACCGUCCCCGAGCCCAAUGCAGAAAAUGGCGAGACUAGUGAUGACGCUCUUCAUCAGCCUUAUUUACCCUUUUCUGCUACACCGAUACAUGAACAGCGUUACGUAUCGCAUGCCUGACAGGCUACGCCAAAUAGUUCUUGUCAAAGGCACAGAGGCGCUGGAAGCAGCAGUAAAGCUAGACGCAUCUGAAGAUCUCCAGCACUGGGCCUGGUAUAAUUCCUCUUAUCAGGAAUAUCACAUUGCGUUUCUGCUCCUAUUUGAGGUGUUUAAUUACCCUCUCCGCAAGGAAGCGAGCAGGAUAUGGGUGUGCCUCGACUGGAUAUUCGCGGAUGUGUUGGCAGGCGUACCUUUCGUAGGUGCAGGCGUCCACGCUUCAAUGCAGGACAUUAUUGCACAUCGGGACAGUAAAGCGAGAUAUAUCUUGACUACGAUUUCUGAACGGAUGCGCAUCUAUCAACGAGCCAAGGGAUUGAGAUCGCCGGCACAGUUCCACGAAUCCAUGGUUGUGGUUACGCCUCAGAAGGCUGGUGACGACUUUGAUCCCAUGAUGCCGCUCAACUAUGCACACGCGAUGCCUGAAUUAAGCACUAGCAGUGUGAGCCUUUGUGAGGCUUCUCAUCCUCAGCCGUCUCUUGGUAGUACGAGACGCUCACAAUCAGGAACUCAACGUUCAUCAAUUUUAGCAGAUGACGGCCACAGAACGGCGAAUGCGUGGCCACAUGUCUUGGAAAAGGAGGGCAGUUGGGGUAUCCAUACUUCUCCAGGCAUGUUUUCGGACACGAAAUUGGAUAACGAUAGAUUAAGUGGCGAAAGACUUCAAUCUGGCCAUCUUGGUGAUGAACCGGGCACAACGACAACUGGAGAUGUAACAUCUGCGCAUUCCGAACACGACCCCCAAAGCCAGGAACAGCCGCUGAUAGAUAUAGACUGGGUUCUCUGGGACACGUUGUUUCCGCCGCAGAUCAAUAACGGCGAUUUGGAUAUAGCCGAGCAUGGCUCAUGGUUAGACGGGCCAUCCAGUAACAGCUAUUAG